AUGGCUAACCUCUCUAACUUCGUCCACCGCUCGUCUCCACCGCAACCCGCCACCGGCUCACCUUCCCUUGAGUCCUUAGAAUUUUCGAUCCAAGAUGUCAUCAAGCUCAGCGAAAAACGACGAAGAUGGCGAACUCUCUUCGCUGCCCCAAUCCAAACAAACCGAAACCGCCUCGACACAUCGGCGCCAUGGCAAACCCAACUAGUUGCAUUCCUCGAAUCCACUCCGGCUCAUGUUGUCACUAUUAUUCUCCUCUUAAUGGAUCUCACUAUCACCGUCCUCGAACUUUCCUCGUCGUUGAUAUCUUGCAGCUUGUCCGCAAAUCAUAAGAAGGGAGCCAAAGAAGUUCUUUACUUCCAUUGGGUGGGUAUUGCCAUCUUGAGCUUGCUCUCGGCGAAGACGGUGGCUCUCGCGGUGGGGCUUGGCGGGUUGUUUCUCCGACAACCGGGCUGCAUCGUGGACGGGGUGGUGGCGGUGGUGGCAUUGGUUUUGGAGGUCGUUGCGGAGAGGAAAGGUGGUGGAGUGAUAAUUGUGGCGAGCUUGUGGAGGUUAGUGAGGGUGGUUGAGAGUGUGUUUGAGCUUAGCGACGAUGCCAUUGAAGGGAAGAUUGAAGCAAUAGUUUUGGAGUUGGAGAGAGUGGAAGAAGAAACGAGGAGAGAAAAAGAACAAGAGUUGAGAUAGUUUGGUUAAUUAUUUUCAAUA